ACCCAUGUCUGUCCGGUGUGCCAGCGAAGAUUCACACGGCCAUUCAAUCUGCGCUCGCACAUCUUGACCCAUACAACAGCAAGACCCUUCCCCUGCGACGAGUGCCAUUGGAAAUUCACAAGGCAUCAUGAUCUAAUGCGACACAAGAGA